UUGCUCUUGCUUCUCCAGCCUGCACCUUCUCAAACCCAUCUCGAUUCGGCUUUUUUUGAUUAUUGGAUUGUCCUGGUCACACCGACCCCUUUUAUUCUCUACCUCUGUCGCUGGUGCUCCUGCAUUCUUCGACUUUUCUGUGCCGCCUAGUCUUGCAUAAUCUCUCUUGACUAUCCCGCACUCUCUCUUUUCUCGAUAUGUUUUCUCUUGACUCCUACUCCGCCCCUGCCGCCUCCUCCAAGAGCUCGAAAGAGCCCUCUGGUCUGGCCGUCGCGCAGAUCCUCGCCUCCCUUUCCUCCGCCACCAUCGACGUUCCCCGCAACUACGCCGUCGACUUCUCCUCCACCUCCUCCUCCAUCUCGAUCCCAUCCGGCCUGUCGUCGACGUCGUCAUGCGAGGAAUACACGCCUUCGCUCUCGUCCUCGGUCUCGUCGAUCUCCUCUCUCUCCUCGCUGCGUCUGUCGGCCGAUUCCUCGCCCGUUCUAGACACCGCCGCGCAACGCCUCGCGUUCCUUCCCCUCCCACAGCACAGUUCCCAGCCUACGGGCGACCACAAAGGCCUCGCGGCCGAACUCCAGCAGCAAAUGCUUGCCGUCCAGCGCGGUUCUUCGCCGCGCCGCAUCCCGGUCCGCGCAAGCAUGCACCGCCGCCACUCGGCGUCGUGCUCUUCCUCGUCGUCAGUGUCGAGUCUGCCGACGCCGUCCAGUAUCCGCUCGUCGGUGUCCUCCUCCUCCUCCUCCGCGCCGCUGUCGACGUCGUUACCCUCGUCGAGUGUGUUGGCGGCAAAGACCAACUCUGCGGGCCGCGUGUCAAAGUCGGCUUCGCUUAGUGGAUGCAGUCUGCCUGCGUACCAGAGCACGGUUGCGUCGCUUGUGAAGCACGCGGGCAAGCGUGGAUCUUUUGUCAGUUCGCUAGUUGGUAUGUUUUGAUAUGUCUGAUGUUCAAGUACACAGUACAAAGACAAUUGUGUUAACUCUAUAGAUUCCGCUACGCUUAUGAUUGAAAGCAUCUGGCCGUCAGCUAGAGACGCGCCUCCGACGAGCGAUCCUGCGACGCAGAUUCUCCCGCUGCGGACGUUUAUCGAAGAAACGCUGCGGCGGUCGCGAACGAGCUACUCGACCCUGCAAGUCGCGCUGUACUAUCUCUGCUUGCUGCGCCCGCACGUGCAGGAUCCGAGCAAGUUGCGGGGCAACAUGGGCGCGCUUAACUGCGGGCGCCGAGCGUUCCUGACGAGUC